AUGACAGAAUUACUUAAUAAUUUUGAUUGUGGAAAUAAUAAUAAUAACAACAACAGCAAUAAUAAAGAAUUAUCAUUACCAACAACAUAUAAUACAGAACAAAGUUUAUAUCGUUCUUGUUUAACUGGUGACUUAGAACGUGUACAAUAUUUACUUCGAAGUAAUUCGUCGUCAUCAAUUGAUCUCAAUCGACAAAAUUCUGAUGGUUUAACAUUAUUACAUUAUGCUUGUUCAAAUAAUUUUUAUGGAUUAGUUCAAUUACUUUUACAAUAUGAUGCAAACAAUUAUAUACGUGAUAAUCUUGGACGUACCUGUUUGCAUUAUGCAUCAAUAAAAGGUUAUCGUGCGAUAAUUAAAUUAUUAUUACAAUCAAUUGAAGAUUCAUUUAAACAUGAUUUUAUUUAUUUAAAUGAUCAUGAAAAUAAGAGUUCACUUGAUUAUGCAUGUGAAAAUGAUCAUCUUGAUUUAGUUGAAUUAUUUCUUGAAUAUACCGAUAUAAAUUAUAUUGAUUUAACCACACCAUUGUAUUAUUCAUGUAUUGAAGGCCAUUUAGAUAUAUGUCAUUUAUUAAUCAAUAAACAAAUUCAAAGAAAAGAUUUAUUUUAUUUACAAACAUCUUUUAUUCAAACAAUAUGUCAUCGUGGUCAUAUUGAAAUUUUACGUUUAUUAAUUGAACAUUUUUCUCCUGCUAAUGAACAACGCAAUUGUGGAAAUAGUAUAUUAUUUUAUUGUAUAACAACAUUUGAUAUAGUUUUAGUUCGAAAAUUAUUAGAACGACAAGCACGUUUAACAGAAAAAGAUAUACAUGAUUUAAUAACAUUUUGUCCAUUAAACGAUCAAAAUCAUUAUUAUAUUGAUCAUUAUUUUGAUUGUUUAGAAUUACUUUUACGUUAUCGAUCAAAUUUUGAUGAUCAAAAAAUUUGUAAAUAUUUUAUUCGAGAAUUAUGUGAAAAAUGUUCAACAAUAUUAAUUGGAAAAAAAUUAAGAUAUUUAUUUGCAUUAGCACUUCAUAGUGGUUCAAUACAAUUAUAUCGUCGUUCAACUAUAAAAUGGUGUGGAGAAAUAAAUAUUUUAACAAAACGUUAUGUUAACUUAAUUGAUGUUAUUAAACAAACAACGAAAAAUUGGUCAUUAAAACAUUUAUUAAGAUUAAAAAUAAAACGCUCAAUGAAACUAUUUAAUAUGGAACAAAUUAGAAAAUUACCCGGAUUACAACAACAACAUAUUGAUUUUCUUAGUUUUGAAUAUUUGUGA